CUCUCUCUCUCAGCUCUGAAUCUCUAAAAGCUUCUAAAAUGGCACCAACACCAUCACCCUCCACUCGAUCACAAUUCACCAUAAUCAAAACCCCACAAACCAAACAACGCCUCAACUUCAACUCCAAAACCCCAAACCCAGACCAAACGGAUCACCCAAUCGAAGUAAUCGGACGGAUCAGAAACCACACUACGGAGAAAAGCCCAAACUCAAUCUUACAACUAAACCCAGACAACAACGACCAAACGCUCCGAGUCAGAACCGACGCCACUGGGUACAGAGACUUCACACUCGACGGAGUAUCAUUCUCGGAGGAAGAGAGCGUGGAGUCGUUUUACAAGAGGUUUGUGGAAGAGAGGGUUAAGGGAGUGAAGGUUGGGGAUAAAUGUACGGUGGUGAUGUAUGGACCCACUGGUGCUGGGAAGAGUCAUACUAUGUUUGGUGGGAAGAAGAAGGAAUGUGGGAUUGUGUAUAGGUCGUUGAGGGAUGUUUUGGGUGGAGAUGGUGGUGUUGGUUUUGUUCAGGUGUCUGUUGUUGAGGUUUAUAAUGAGGAGAUUUAUGAUCUUCUUUCGACUUGUGGUAGUAGCAGUUUAGGGUUUGGUUGUCACAAAGGAGGAAGCAAUAAGGCCAGGCUUGAAGUAAUGGGGAAGAAGGCCAAAAAUGCAACCUUCAUUUCAGGGACAGAAGCUGGGAAGAUCUCUAAGGAAAUUGCGAAAGUGGAGAAACGGAGGAUUGUUAAAAGCACACUUUGCAAUGAAAGAAGUUCCCGGAGUCACUGCAUUAUCAUACUUGACGUGCCAACUGUUGGGGGAAGGUUGAUUCUUGUUGACAUGGCUGGUUCAGAGAAUAUAGACCAAGCUGGCCAGACCGGAUUUGAAGCAAAGAUGCAAACUGCUAAAAUCAACCAAGGAAAUAUUGCACUGAAGCGAGUUGUGGAAUCUAUAGCUAAUGGAGACUCUCACGUGCCCUUUAGAGACAGUAAGCUGACUAUGCUGCUUCAGGACUCUUUCGAAGAUGAUAAGUCAAAGAUUCUAAUGAUCCUAUGUGCGAGCCCGGAUCCAAAGGAAAUGCACAAGACUCUCUGCACUCUAGAGUAUGGGGCAAAAGCAAAGUGCAUAGUUCGCGGGUCACAUACUCUGAGCAAAGAUAAGAACGGGGGUGAUGAGUCUUCUUCAGCUGUGAUUCUGGGAACAAGAAUAGCAGCGAUGGAUGAGUUUAUUUCAAAACUCCAGUCUGAGAAGAAACAACAAGAAAAAGAAAGGAACGAUGCAACAAAGCAGCUGAAGAAGAAGGAGGAGGAAGUUGCUGCGUUGCGUUCUCUCUUAUUACGGAAGGAAGCAUGUGCCACCAAUGAAGAGGAGGCAAUCGAAGAGAAAGUAAAUGAGAAAACACAGAGUUUGAAAGCUGAACUAGAGAAGAAACUUGAGGAAUGCAGAAGAAUGGCUGAGGAGUUCGUUGAGAUGGAGAGAAGGAGAAUGGAAGAAAGGAUGGUGCAGCAGCAAGAGGAAGUGGAGAUGAUGAGAAGACGUUUGGAGGAAAUCGAGGUUGAGUUCCGGCGCUCAAGGGGUGGAGGAGGCAAUGAUGAAACCAGUGGGUUUGCCAAGAGACUCGGGAGUCUUUACUCGGAUGAUGAUAUGGUGAAGUCAAUGGAUCUUGACAUGGGGAAGUCAAUGGAUUUUGACAUGGGUGAUCCAGAACCAGUUAAGCAAGUUUGGGGAGGUGCUGUUUCAUACCAACCAAGCAGCAACACAAUCAGCAGAGAUUUAUCUAACGUUUUGCAACCAAAGCCUCAAGAAAAUAUAAUGUACGCUGACCGUGUGUGCCUGAGCACUGUCUUUGAAGAAGAAGAGGUGGAAGAAGAUGAAGAAAAAGUGAUAGUGGAGGAUAAAAGCAUUUGCUCGAUAACAACACCAAAACCUAGUUUGAAAUUUGAAGGUUUGGGUAAAGAAAACUGCUUCAACAGUACCACUAACGACAAAGAAUCAGCAUCUUCUAGAAAGUUGAGAAUUGAGAAUAUAUUCACCCUUUGUGGCAAUCAGAGAGAGCUCUCUCAACACACUGGAAAUGAUGAAAAGGUUCUUCAAGCCAAGAAUGAUCAGGUUCUUCCUACAACAAAUAAGGCUGAAGCUCUAGCAGUAUAGGAAGCAAAGGAAAAUAAGAUGCAAUUUACUACCCCUAUCUCGGAAGUACACUGAACCACCACGAAGUUGAUGGGACUUUCAUCACACGUUGUAGCUCAUCUCAGCUCCACUCCGUUUAUCUUUUGUCUCUUCUUCUUUUGUCUGUUCAAAGGUAGACUUUAACCUUUGUCUAGUUGUCUAUUCAAAGGAACUAGUAGUAGUAGCCUUAAGAGAUAUGUAACCUUUGACUAGUUCUCAAGUUGGGAAAGAACUUAUAUGUAGACCGCUCUUUAAUCAAUAUAUUCUACAAUAUUUGAG